ACAUCAUAGUAAACAAUUUAAGAACUAGGUUAUGUCUUGUUACCUAAGUGAUGUUUACUGUUAUGUGUAACUAUAGUUACGUGUGUAACAACAGUAUAUUUAUAUUGUUAAGUGUUACUAUGGUUAUAAGCCUGAUACGCACACGGGAAAUGUCAGGUGAUAUGACGGAAGAUAAAAAGGAUGAAGAAAAACUGUAUGGAGGUUGUGAAGGACCUGAUGCUAUGUAUGUGAAACUUAUUUCAUCUGAUGGCCAUGAAUUUAUUGUGAAACGUGAGCAUGCGAUCACAUCAGGAACUAUUAAAGCAAUGCUAAGUGGACCCGGUCAAUUUUCAGAAAAUGAAACCAAUGAAGUCAACUUUCGUGAAAUUCCAUCACACGUUUUGCAAAAGGUGUGUAUGUACUUCACAUACAAAGUGCGCUACACUAACAGUUCUACUGAAAUACCAGAAUUUCCCAUUGCUCGAGAAAUUGCUCUAGAACUCCUGAUGGCAGCUAACUUCCUUGAUUGCUAAUUUAAUGCCAAAUUAUCAGUGUUUCCUCCCAUAUUACUGUGGGCAUUGCAAAUCCUAGCAUCUGAGCUGUAGGAAUAGCAGCAAGAUAUUUCCAAACAUGCACAUUGGACUAAUACAUUUGAAAUAUUUAUAUGAAUGAUCAGUACCUUUGUAUCUGAUUGCUUACACAUGAUAUUUGAAAUAUGUACCUUUGCUCUGAAAGAUCUCCACAUUUGUUUUAAUUUGCAUAGUGAUAGUGAUAGUGAUACAUUCUUUACUUUUAACAGAAUGUUUGCAUGGAUGAUGACUCAUAUUUGUUCAUUUGAAUAAAACAAAGGACAUUUGAUUUUAGGUGUAAUAAAGUUGAAACCAUGUACAAAAAUUCCUUUCAGGUAUACAAAUGAAUGUGGCUGCCAUACCUUCUGAGUCUAAUGCAGAACUUAUAGUAGGUGGCACUUCUGUUUUGGUGCUUUUAUUACCAAAGUGUGAUACUAGUAUUGCAUCAAAUGAAAACAGUACUGUUGUAUUUGUACUUACUACGGAAGAAACUGAUGUCAUUUGAAAAUUCUUUGGUGCAUUAAUAUGGUAAAGUUUCAGAUUUUGAAUUCGUGUUGUAUGUAAUUCAUAAUACAGUUGAACUCAGUUAUAGCAACACCCUGGCUGUUGCACUAAAUAUUGAGUGGUAAUAAUUAAAU